AUGCUCUCACGUGUUGCUGCAGUGAAGGCACCCAACAAACACAACCGUCGCCGCGUGACCGGAUCCAGCAGAAGGAGGAGGGAAGGAAGAGAGAGUGAGCAUCGGAGGCCUAACAUGUCCCGGCAUGUGUUUGCUUCCGCGGUGCUGCUCUUCCUUGUGAUUUGCUGCGCCACUGGUGGGGCUGUGAAGGCUGAUGAGCCAACGUCAGUUCAGGGAUCUUCACUGGAAAAACAUAUUGUCUGGAGAGAUAAGAAUGGUAAAGAGACAGUGGUUUCGCUCUAUGCUCCCAGUCUUGUUGAGGUGAAUGGUGGCGUGUUUGCCUUUGCCGAGGCGCGGUUGAAGGAUGGAAAAUAUUUCUUUACUGGGAUUGCCUCGGAGCUCCUUGAGUUGAGUGGUGAAACCCCCAAAAAAUUGGGUGGAAGUAAUUUGAAGACAAAGACACUGGAGGAAUGUUCUUCCGAAGGAGGCAAAAGCCACUCUCAGUCAACGAAUUGCGCUGGUUCCAAAAGUUUCUACAGCGUACAUGUGAGCCGGCCAACAACAGUUGUGAUGGGAAAUGGCAUUUACAUGCUUGCUGGAAAAUACAACAGAGAAAAUGUCGCUGUUUGUCAGGGUAGGGCUGACGCGGCCUCAUGGGGUCUUUUGCUGGUAAAGGGGAAUGUCAGUGAAGAACAGGACAAAGGAAUUGUUUGGGAAGUUACUGACGAUCUCCCGUGCACUUCGAUUGUAAAACUUAAUGAAUCCUGGGCAUUGCUCAUUGGAGGCGGUGGAUCGGGUAUUAAGAUGGAUGACGAUACGCUUGUGUUUCCCUUGGAAGCAGUGAAGGAGCACGGCACUGAAAGUGAAGCAAAGGAAGAAAAGAAUAACAACGUUUCGCUGAUCUUGUACUCCUCGUAUACUAAGAAUUGGACGCUGUCAAAGGGGAUGUCUGCCUAUGGCUGCACUGAUCCCUCCGUCGUGGAGCGGGAGAAGGGAAAACUCAUGAUGAUGACUGCGUGUGAUGAUGGCCGUCGCAGGGUGUACGAGUCCGGUGACAAGGGGGCGUCGUGGACGGAGGCCCUCGGGACACUCUCGCGCGUGUGGGGCAACAACCAAAAGCGACAUGAGUGGGGCGUUAGAAGCGGGUUCAUCACAGCGAAUAUUGACGGUGUAGAAAAUGGUAAGAGGAAUGUGAUGCUCGUUACUCUGCCGGUGUUUUCCAAGAAGGCUGAUACAGGAGGCCGUGGAAAAGAAAAGGGCGAACUCCAUCUUUGGCUGACGGACAACACUCACAUUGUUGAUAUUGGGCCGGUAUCCGAGAAGGAAGAAGACGUCACCGCCAGCUCCCUGUUGUACAGAAGUGGAACUAAUAAGAAUAAUAAUAAGAAUGAUGAGUUGGUUGCACUGUACGAGAAGAAGGGCGAUGGGGAAUCAUCACUCGGUAUGGUCUCUGUGCGUCUGACUGAGCAGUUGAAGCGGGUGAAGGAGGUUCUGACGACCUGGAAGAAAGUGGACGAACGUCUCUCCAAGCUGUGCCUCUCAAAUCCUGCGAGGAAUCCCUCAACUGACAAUGUCUGCACUACUGAUAAGAUUACGGAUGGGCUGGUUGGUUUUUUGUCCGGCAAUUUCUCUGAUAAGACAUGGAUGGACGAGUACCUCGGAGUGAACUCCACAGUAAAGAAAGGAACGAGUGGAGGGGCAACAUUGCAUGGCGGCGGUGUGAAGUUCCAGGGAGCGUGGGCGGAGUGGCCCGUUGGCAGGCAGGGGGAGAAUCAGCUGUACCACUUUGCGAACUACAACUUCACUCUUGUGGCGACGGUGUCCAUCCACGGUGAGCCGAAGAGUGACAGCGUCCCUUUGAUGGGUGUGCGUGCAGGCAGUAACGGAGGAACGAAACUUAUGGAGUUGUCGUACGGCAGCGGAAAGAAGUGGCAGGCGCUGUGCUGUGACGGAACAACCGCGGAGCACAGCAGCACUUGGGAUCCAGAGACAACACACCAGGUGGCCAUUGUGCUACAGAACGGCACCCAGGGCUCCGUGUACGUCGAUGGUCAGCGUGUGUGUGAGAGUGUGCAAAGUAACUUUGAAAACACGGAAUCGAAAGGUAUCUCCCACUUCUACAUUGGAGGGGAUGGAGGCAAUGCAGAGAACACAGCGGGUGACGAAUAUGUGUCUGUGACUGUGACAAAUGUCCUGCUGUACAACCGCCCGUUGACGUUUACUGGUGGGAGUGCCGAUUUGAAAGAAGCAACGGGUGAUGGCGGCAUUGUGCGUGCGAGCGGACUGUUGCCAUUGCUGCUUCUGUUGGGACUGUGGGGGUUUGCGGCUCUGUGA